CCCGGGGGGGUUUGCUCUCCGGGCCAUCGGGGGCCUCGCGCGACCCCCGAGCCCAUUAGGGCGACCCCAAGUCCAGGGGGCCGCCCCGGGCCUGCGGGCUCCCGGCCUGGGGGCGGCCCUGCGGGAGGGGCAGGCACGCGCCCCCCUCUUUAAAAAAUAAAAAAGUGCGGGUGCGGGGGGAGGGGGUUACGGGGGUGCGACCGAGGCUGUGCGUGACCCCGCGGCCGAGGCGCCGAGGGAGAAGCCAGGGCCUGCGGCCAAGAGGGCGCCGAGCACCGGGGCGGCCGGCCCUUGGCACCCGGCCUGGGGUGGGCGGCCGGCCUCGCUGCCCUGUGCCCGGACUCGCCCGGGAGGUCUGGCCCGGCCCCAGGCCGCCUCCCGCCCCGGGGCCUUCCUGUGCUGACACCCGGACUGGAGCCCGGCCAGGUGCGUCCCCUGGCCCAGGGGCCCUUCAUCUCCGCACUUGUCCCUAAGGGACACCGCCACCCAGGGAGGGCAGGACCGGCGAGGGGUGGGGGGCGUGCCGGGGGCAGAGCCGGGCCGGCGCCUUUGGGUUUGGGGGAAGGGGAAACCCCGCGUCUGCGGUUCUUUCUUUCCCCGCGGGCCGGAAGCCCACCUGGGCCCUGCACCCCAGGGGGCCGGGAGGCUCGGGCUGGGUCCUCACAGCGACCUCUGGGCAGCCGCCGCCGUGACCUUGAGGCACUUGCUCUUGUCCAUUGUUCGAGGCUCCUUGGAGCGUCCCGCCCAUCACCUGCAGGACCUGCAAGAUGAUCUUUUUGCUGCCAGGUUCUGCCUGGAGAGAUGCCAGCCCCGGGGGAUGAAGUGGGGGGCCUUGCUGCCCUGUGGGCCUGGACUGUGGCCCCCUUCACGUGGCCGCCCAGCCUCCAGGGCCGUUUGCACACCAGCCCCCAGCCCCCACCACAGCGGGCUGGCGGCUGCAGGGGGUGGACUGGCCGUGUCCGCUCCCUCCAGGCUGGGCCCUAGGAGGAGGGCACCGAGGCACUGAGCCCCUUGGCCACCAUGGCACCCGGGAGGGACCGAGGAGGCCAGCUGGGGUCCCAGGCCUGGCUGUCGCCCACUGACCUCUGGCCUCCUGCGGGUCAUCCCCUGCCAGUGGUACCCGGACCUGGCCCAGCAGCUUUCCUGCCUGCAGUGCUCGAGCUGGCAGGAGUGCACCUGCAGACGCAGCAGGAGGUGAAGCUGCGCAUGAUGGGCAUGGCACUGCAGGUGGUGCGCACCAACGGCGUCCUGGCGCUCUACAACGGCCUCAGUGCCUCUCUCUGCAGACAGAUGACCUACUCCCUGACGCGCUUCGCCAUCUACGAGACCGUGCGCGACCGCCUGGCCGGGGGCAGCUCGGGGGCCCUGCCCUUCUAUAAGAAGGUGCUGCUGGGCGCUGUCGGCGGUUUCACUGGUGGCUUUGUGGGGACCCCCGCGGACAUGAUCAACGUCAGGAUGCAGAACGACAUGAAGCUGCCCCCGAGCCAGCGGCGCAACUAUGCCCACGCCCUGGACGGCCUGUACCGGGUGGCCCGAGAAGAGGGUCUGAAAAAGCUCUUCUCCGGCGCCAGCAUGGCAUCCAGCCGGGGGGCCCUGGUCACUGUGGGGCAGCUGUCCUGCUACGACCAGGCCAAGCAACUGGUUCUCAGCACAGGGUACCUCUCUGACAAUAUCUUGGCUCACCUUAUCGCUAGCUUCAUCGCCGGUGGAUGUGCCACGUUCCUGUGCCAGCCCCUGGACGUGCUGAAGACGCGGCUGAUGAACGCCAAGGGGGAGUAUCGGGGCGUCGUGCACUGUGCCGUGGAGACGGCGAAGCUCGGCCCGCUGGCCUUUUACAAGCUCCGCAAACACUUUGGCCUCCGGGUGCCGUCCUGACCUGGCCUGGAGGGUCCCGUGGCCCGGUGGCCCCCCCCUUCCAGCGGCAGCCCUGCCUCCUGUCCCCACGGGGACCCCCGAGCCCCCCAGCAGGGGCUGGCCUUGGCAACCUUCGCCCUGAGCGUCGCCUCCCCCCUCCUGCCUCUGAGCCAGUGGGAAGCCCCCUCCCCCUGUGCCCAGACUCUCCGGGGUGCACAGCAGCCCCCACGGCUCCUGUGGAGGCUUACUGAGGGCGUGUGGGUCUGUGGGGCACCCACCAGCUUGGGGAGCAGCUCCUCUCCAGCGGAGUCCUGUCCACCCGCCCCUCUCAGGAGCUGCCCGUGGUCUCCCCAUCACCCCCAGCCCGGGGCUGCCCUGGGCCCACAGCGCUGACUUCCAGCAGCUUCCGACUCGGAGUUGUGUGGCACGUGGGGGUGUGGGACCAGUGCCUUUGUGGGUUCUCUGAGGUGACCGGACCCCACCUCUCCACCGUCGGCCGUCUCGCUCCUGGGGGGAGAACAAAUAACGCAGCCGCAGCAGAAAGGAUCCGGCCCGUCUUCCAACCCCGCCUGCCCCAGCCCUGCCUCGUGCAUUGAUUGGUUUUGCCAAAACUCUGUCAGAAAGUCUGCUGCCGUCCUCAGGGACUGGGGGGCCGGGGUGCGCCAGGGGCAGGCAUGCUGGGGUGCUUCUUGGGGCACCUCCUGGUGUUGCUGGUGACCAGCCAGCUAAUAAACGGUGGUGGACAGCCCUGC